CACUCCUGCUGCAUCACACUAACACAUGACUGACGCCACUCCACUGUCCCACAGAGGAGGGGGAAGAAAACAGAGGAGAACCUCUUAAGUUUCCAGUCCAGGACAGAACUACCACUGACAUKAGAGAGGACACAAGGAAGUGAGAGCAGUGAAGCAGAAAGAGAAGAACUCUCCAGAAAACACUGUGUCUCGCUACAGCCGAGAGAAGCUUAGACCAAACAUAGAUUCUAUAGGGACACUGAUUGGUUUUUAGCUCAGAUUGUAGAACUUGAAGCCUGUCAUGAUGGAAGUGGUCCUGACUWGACUGGGAGAUCUCUCCUCUAAAGACGCCACCUUUGAUGCCUGUAAGUCAGCCGGGCCCGUUGUGUCCAGGGACCCACGGACCACCAGAGACCCCUGCCUGGAGGAAGAGCUCCAGAUGGAGGGCUGCAUUCCCGGAGAAAAGGGCAGCUGCCCCUACAAAACUGUACAUUGAGAGUGCACUGGCCUGGCUGCACAGGGAACUGAUGGAGAUGCAAUCUCAGGACCAGGCCUUGAUACAACAGCUGAUGGACCCUCACACAGCAAUCCAAGAGCUCAAGCUUGAGAGUGGCGAGGAAGAGGAGAAGGAGGAGUAGGAAGAAAAGGAAAAGGAGGAUGAGGAGACAGAGGAGGAUAGGAGCUGGGACUUUGAGAGCGAGGCAGGGGGCAGUGGUAGUAGUGUUUACUCCAGCUCAGGGGAAGUGGGUUUUUCCAUAUCCUGCCUGUCCAAUAGAAUGACACCAUCUCCUCUUGGGUCAUCUCUACCAAAAAGGACUUUCAGCAGAAGAAGCUCUGUGCCUUAAUAAAACCACAAAAAGUACUCUCUUAUGGACUGACCACAUAGUCAAUGUCAGGCGUAUACCACAAUAUCAUCUAUAUCAUCUAUGCUCACGUGCGUGUGAGGGAAUAAUUCAACGUCUGAGACUGCAGAGCUUAAGUAAGCUGUGUCAUUUUAAACUCUAACUAGAUGGGAGAAACAACAACAGCUGCUAUCACUGUACAAAGGUCAUAAAGGUAUCAUAGUACAUUUAAGAGAGAAUAACCAUUACUUAUGGUAGCAUAUUGCCUGUAAUGUCUCAACAAUUUCAAUAUCAUGGCUGCAUAUCAUUCCAAUAAGCUCUAAUACUCUUCCAUAUGACUUGAAACGGUCUGUUGUUACUGAAAUACAGUAUUUGUAGAAGGUCAAAUUAAUAUGCAGUUUGUAUCAUCCACCCACAUGCUGUAUAUAUUGAUUUGUUGUACAACACUGUAAUUGCGCACCGAUGUUUAUAGACUAAAACAUGAAUGUCAGUAACAUACAGUGUAA